AUUGCGAUCGUUGAUCCUUGAGACUUGACACUUGACGGUAAAAGUCGUACUGGCGUGCUGUCGGGCAACGUGUCCUAUACAUAUUACAGUGCAUAAACCUCUCGAAACACGUACAAGUAUGCAGCGGAGAUUUGUUAACAUGUGGAGUGUUUCUUCCUUGCAGCGUGGGAUCGCGUCAGAACAUGUGCCUUCUUUCAAUUAGAAGUUGGUCUUAGCUAUGCAAAUGCAAUUACUUCGUUCAUCGCGAUGGUGACACGUUUUCUUGUUGUUCGGACAUCAUCACGAGAUGUUUCUACGCGAUCGUAAUUAGUCGUAGGUCAUCAAAUCUGUGAGAAGAAUUGACCAAUUGUGACAAAAAUUUAUUUGAAGAAGCCGUUUAAAAUAGCACAGCUCUCAAAGCCUUGGGUGAAUUGAAUAAGGAAUAACAAAAAAGUUAAAGCUUGGCGUGAAUGCGACAGGUGCAGAACGAUUACCGACUAGUUUCAUGGCUAGAAUAUAUACGCAUGAAGCGAAUGACGUUGUUUUUCGCAGAAAUUUACGCUCUUGUGAAAGAAAAUCUUCGGGUUCAUGGACAAGUUGGCCGUCACAAUGAACGCAAAUGGAAUCACAUCUUAAAUUCUGACUUGAGCAGUUCUUUUUAAUUUUAUCUGGUGACGCUGACGGACUGCCAAAAUUUGCCGUCAUGCUCUUAUAUUGAAAUUAUUCCUCAAUCUGCCAUCAUCUAUUACGCCUGAUGAACUUCAAUAUGAUUUCACAUGACCUGUACAUCAGAAUUGGUCGGAAGGAGAACAAGUCCGUCUUCCAAACUCUACAUUUUGAAAUGCAGAGAAGCAAGACAAGUUAUCAUCAAAAUAUCUACGCAAGGAUAUUGCGACUUCUCAAUUGAUGCGUCUCAUCCUUGCGUUGGCGUCAUGCUAGUGUUCUCUGCAUCGUUCUAGUUCUUCAAUUGACCACCGAAGUGGCUAUUGCAUAACGGUUGCAUGUAUGAAAAAUAUUGAAUUCAAUCUGAACAGAUAGAAAAAUGAUGGCCGAGAUAAAAUAGGUAGUUAUAUAAUUAUAAUCUCGCGU